AUGGAAAUGAUGCAGGGAAUGCCUCCACGUCGGCGUCCUCCAAUGAUGCCAAGACCAUACGGACAUGGUCAACCAGUACCUUAUGGUGGUAGAUCUCACAAUCCAGCUCGCGUCGCUCCUGCAGCACCAGUAGCAGCACCUGUUCAUACGGUUGUGGUACCUGCUGCUCCUGGCACUAGUAUUCCUGCUCACAUAGCUACUGUUCACCCGGCUACAGGUUUCGUCACUGUUGCAACUGUUGCUGGUCCUGUUGCUAUACCAGUAACGGCGGCGGCAGCUGCACCCGCAGUUUAUACACAAGUACCUGUGAUACCUCCUGCAGUGCCUCCCUCUGCACGACCAGUGGCUAGACCUGGUGUAAUGCGUCAACCUCCUAUGGGAUAUAACAGUCCAUUCGGACCAAAUGGGCCACCCAUAGUAAGAGGCGGACCUGUGCCUCCUGGUUAUCGUCGAGUCAUUGCUCGUCGUCGUUAA